AUGCAAGCAGAAGAAAGGGUUUUUACGGAAGCAGAAAUUACACGUAAAUGUAUGAAAAGAGGAGAUUUACAAUGCUCAAUAUUUGACUAUAGACAAUUUAAAUUAGGUGCUGAUCAAAUUCCAUUCGCACCAUGUAAUGUAAAUGGAGGACGUAAAACAAUUGAUGGUAAUGAUGGUAAUAAGAAUUUUCAAUCUAAUG